UUCCGGUUUUCCAAGUUUCUUCCUCUCUCGGGUCCUCUUUUAGCAUCUCUACAGUUUCUCUCUCCUCUACCGCCGGGAAAUAUAUAACUACCGAUUUCUCCGGCCAGUUUUCUCCGUUCCGUUUACAACCGUUCGUUUUCUCGUCCUUGGAAUCGUCUUCCGGUGGUGUCUUGUAUUGUGGAUUUUUUUUGAAUGUUCGGUUUGACUCGGCUACGCGGCGAUUCGGAUCUCCGCGUUUGACUCGGUCCCUGGCUCGUUACGCGGUGUUUUCGUAGAAUGUGGUUUACUUUGUUUGCAUGCCAGGCUUUGUAUUGAAUUCGCUGGUCGAGAUCGUGAUCUAGGGUUUCGUCUCUGUUCUUUGGUUCGUUGCUUGUUCUGGUUGCUCUUUCUUUUAUUUCUUUUUAUUCGGUUGAGGAAGACGGAGACCUACGGAGUCAGAUUACGGAAUGCUAUGGCGGAAAGGAGGAUCUGUUUAUCAAAAGAAGCUAAGGAUGGGUUAGAAUUUCUGAAACGUAAAAGGCUUCAAAAAAUGAGAUCAGAUUCUGUCAAUGAAACAGUUAGCUUCAGUACAAUGGCUAGAAGUGGAGGUGAUACUUUCAGACCACCGUCAGCCUCAUGUGGAAUGAGAUUACGGGUCACUUCUAGUGACACGGUAUCUAAAGUGAAUGGGGCAUCUACUGGUAAAGGUGGCUUGCUGAAGGGAAAAGUGGAGAAGAUUGAGACUGGUGAUCUAAAAUGGACCGAGAGGCUUCCAGAAUGUCCUGUCUACAGACCAACAAAGGAGGAGUUUGAGGAUCCUUUGACUUAUUUGCAGAAGAUAUUCCCAGAAGCUUCAAAAUAUGGUAUUUGCAAGAUUGUAUCCCCGUUGACAGCAACAGUUCCUGCAGGUGCUGUGUUGAUGAAAGAGAAAUCAAACUUUAAAUUCACUACUAGAGUACAACCCCUUCGCCUUGCUGAGUGGGAUUCUGAUGAUAAAGUUACAUUCUUCAUGAGUGGGAGGACCUAUACAUUUCGCGAUUAUGAGAAAAUGGCGAACAAGGUAUUUGCACGUAGAUAUUGCAGUGGUGGCUCUUUGCCCGACUCAUUCUUGGAGAAAGAAUUCUGGAAGGAAAUUGCGUGUGGCAAGACUGAAUCAGUUGAGUAUGCGUGUGAUGUAGAUGGUAGCGCAUUUUCAUCUACACCAGGUGAUCCACUAGGAAGCAGCAAAUGGAACUUGAAUAAAGUUUCAAGGCUGCCAAAGUCUACCUUGCGCCUCCUUGAAACAUCCAUUCCGGGAGUUACUGAACCCAUGCUUUACAUUGGAAUGCUGUUUAGUAUGUUUGCCUGGCAUGUGGAGGACCAUUAUUUGUACAGCAUUAACUACCAACAUUGUGGAGCAUCAAAAACUUGGUAUGGGGUUCCAGGUUCUGCAGCUCUAAAAUUUGAAAAGGUAGUUAAAGAGUGUGUGUACAACGACGAUAUUCUAUCCACUAAUGGAGAAGAUGGAGCCUUUGACGUGCUUUUAGGGAAGACAACUAUAUUCCCACCAAAGAUACUGCUGGAUCAUAAUGUGCCGGUGUACAAGGCUGUGCAAAAACCAGGAGAGUUCGUCGUCACAUUCCCUAGGGCUUAUCAUGCUGGCUUCAGUCAUGGUUUUAAUUGUGGUGAGGCAGUGAACUUUGCAAUGGGUGAUUGGUUUCCUUUUGGAGCUAUUGCUAGUUGCAGGUAUGCUCAUCUUAACAGAGUACCAUUGCUUCCUCAUGAAGAACUGAUUUGUAAAGAAGCAAUGCUCUUAAACUCAAGUUCCAAAUCCGAGAAUCUGGAUUUUAUGCCUACGGAAUUGUCAGGACAACGAAGCAUCAAGACUGCGUUUGUACACCUGAUUCGUUUUCUUCAUCUGGCUCGAUGGUCUUUAAUGAAGUCAGGAUUAUGCACAGGCCUUGUUUCGAAUACAUAUGGAACCAUUGUCUGCAGUUUGUGUAAACGGGAUUGCUAUUUGGCAUUUAUCAACUGUGAUUGUUACUCACAUCCCGUCUGUCUCCGUCAUGAUAUUAAAAAGCUUGACCUUCCAUGCGGGACAAUGCGUACUCUUUUCUUGAGGGAUAACAUUGAAGUCCUGGAAGCUGCUGCAAAGAAGUUUGAGAAAGAAGAUGGAGUUUCAGAUUUGAUUACAACUGAUGAAGAUUUUUAUGCGUACCCAUCAUCAAUCACACUUCCAGCUGCUAAAGCAGAGGGAUAUUCACCGUAUUCUACUAUAUACUUUGAUUUCAAUAGCGAGGUAGAGACAUCUCAUGACCAGUUGCAAUCUGGAAAUCCUGUCAUGAGCUGUGAAGCAAACGCUUCAUGUAUCUCCUCAGUUGCUGAUGAUUAUGAAUGCUCUGAUUACUUAAAUAGACGAGUUAACUGUAGCAACAGUAGUGAUUCAAAGCUCUCAGAAGAAGUAGCAAGCAGCAGUAACAGAAAAACUCGGUUCUUCCCUGCGGUUCAAGAUGAACAACUAAUGGCGGAUCAGGAAAGUGACGGUUCUGAUUCCGAGAGUUUCAGAGUCAAACGUCGUUCUUCGUUGAAGUUUGAGAACAGAACAGUUGUUGUCGACACAAGAGAUAAUACUGACCAUCAUCAGGAAUAUAAGAGACUGAAGAAAUCGCAUCAUCACGAAGGAAGAUAUAGUAGUAGCAGUAGUAUCAGUAGGCAGGAAGAGGAAGAAGAAGAAGAAGGGUUAGUAAUGUCAAACAGGAAAGAAACUCAGCAAAGUGACGUGAAGAUGCAGAAGAAGAAGAUCGAGAAUCAUCAUUUUGGUGGCUUUAAACGUCUGAAAGUGAAAGGGCUAAUAAAGCCGUAACGUGACAGCUUCAAAUUUCCUCCUAACUACAAUUCUUUUAAAAUGGCUGAUCUCUCUAACAAUACAGGAAAAAAAAAAGAAUCAAAAGCAAAAUAUUCGGUAUCUGAUUUUUAUUAUUGUUAUAUUUUUUUUUAAUCAUGGGAGAAAGAAGAAGAAGCAACAGACAAAAGAAGGGAAAAAGCAUUAACCAGCCAAGCCAACCAACCAGCCAACAACAACACUAUUGGUUUCUUUUUAGGAUUUACCAAAUCUUUGAUUCUUUGUGUACAUCUCUCUGUACACACACACCUUUUUUAAUCUCUUCUUGUUCCUUCUUCUUUUGCUCUUAUGAUGUAAAUCUCUUUUCUGUUACUCCUCUCAACAAAAGAAAAGAUUACUUUUACUCUC